AUGUCCAGGUACAGCCAGCACUGCCUCCCGCCCUCCAACUGUGAGACCGAUAAGAGACCAGGGCUCCGGCGGGUGUCUCCAGACCCGCCCUACACCCCGGCUCCCGAGGAGUACAGUGACCAAGAGAGCCCCCAGUCGAGCCUCUCCGCCCGCUACUUCAACUGCGGCAAGACCUCUGCCACCUCCUCCAACCUGAGCCGGCACAAGCAGACCCACCGCAGCCUGGACGGCCAGAUGGCCCGGAAGUGCCCGACGUGCGGCAAGGCCUACGUCUCCAUGCCCGCCUUGGCCAUGCACCUGCUGACCCACAACCUCAAGCACAAGUGCGAGGUGUGCGGCAAGGCCUUCAGCCGGCCCUGGCUGCUGCAGGGCCACAUGCGCUCGCACACGGGCGAGAAGCCCUUCGGCUGCUCCCACUGCGGCAAGGCCUUCGCCGACCGCUCCAACCUGCGGGCCCACAUGCAGACCCACUCGGCCUUCAAGCACUACAAGUGCGCGCAGUGCGAGAAGACCUUCGCCCUCAAGUCCUACCUCCACAAGCACUACGAGUCGGCCUGCCCCCGGGGCGCCGGACACGGCUGUGCCGUGGAGCACUGAGGCCGGGGCAGAAGGAGCGC